AUGAUGCACCGACCAUUCAAACUGAUUCCUACAGCAUUUUGGCGAGCUGGCCGUCAACACGCAACCGGCUCCCGUACAGGUAUCGUGAGCGGUGUCAUUCUGGAGUCCGACCAUCUCGAUGAAGCUGAUUGGGAACUUCUAGGUAGCUACACAACCAAGUUCCAAACCGAAUACUUCAGCAAAGAGGACAGCGGAUCUUACAGUCGCUGGAAUCAGGGAAACAUCGCAAGUCCCAAACUACUUUCUACGAUCGUUGUAACGUCCGAGAAUGUCGAGACCCUCGCAGAGAUCAAGGAUGGCCGGGGAGAAGAAGAUCGGCGCGCCUCAGAUGCUUGA